GAUAGUGUUAGCAAGUAGGUAGAUACAGUUUCAUUUUCUUUCUAGAUGUUACAGAAUUCCUCUCAAUAAUUGGGUCCAGAAGACUUCAAACGCGUAGCAGAAACGAUCAUGGGUUUUAAAAUUAGAUGUGUCACUUCACUGCGCUAUUUAUACCAUUCGAAGCGCGGUGAAAACUCUAUUCAACAGUGUGGAAAGUAGGUUAGAUUACAACAAUAGCGAUAACAGUUUGAUAAGCUGAUUAGCGACUGAGUCAAAACAUUGGCCGUAUGAAUUCGUCAAUGAUAACGCACCCUGUUCUUUAGUAAAAGACGAUAAGUAGGUAUGUCCAUCUGAUAAAUGUUUAAUUUUGUGCCGUGGUUACGUUGCAUCACUUUGCCUGGGAGUUCGCUCACACAAAACAUUCUCUGUGCCGGAACGGUGGACCGCUCGCAAGCGCUCCUUUGUUUCCGAGACGAGUUUUUUUAACAAGACCUUUGUCAUGUGAAGCUGAACUCGAAAAUGGCCAUUUCGACCAACUGCUGGAAGUACCUCGUGCUAACUUUCAAUAUUCUGUUCGCAAUGUCAGCAGUGGUACUGUUUGGCGCGAGCGGGUUUCUGCUGUACCGCCUCUUCGUGUACCGGCAUUUCAUUGGGGUGAAUGUGGAAUACCCAGCCAUUCUGUUGCUGAUGAUGGCUAUCAUUUCGUGUUCAAUAGCUUGGAUCGGGUGGAGGACGGCCAGGUCUAUGCAUCAGAUUCAUGUGAUCAUAACUGGAAUUUUAAUAGUUCUCGUAGUGGUCAUAGAGUUCUCCUGCUUUGUGUGGGCCAUGGUCGUGUGGGACAAUAUCGAGAUCGACAUCAUCAGCACCAUGACCGGCUACUUCAAGCUGACCACCGAGCUGAAGGACCCGAGCUCGGCCGACGCGAUCCGAUGGGACAGACUGCACGUCAGGUUCGAAUGCUGUGGCUUGAGCGGUCCAACAGACUUCAGCUCCAUGGGUCAAGUCCCGUUCUCCUGCUGCGGCCAGGGUGCCAUGGACGCUCUGCACAAGCCGUACGCCUCAGAUUGCGCGGCCCUGUUCCAGCGUGGGUGCGGGAAACCGCUACACGAGUACGCAAGAGAACAGCUGUUGUUGAUCUCCAUGACUGCACUGACUGCUUCUAUACUGCAGAGCACAGGAAUAUUCUGCACGUUCUUCCUUGCGCAAGCGAUCAAGGAGCGACGACGAGCGUCCAUCAGGAACUCCUCAUCCCUGAGGGAAGCCACCUUCGCGGCUCCAGACGACUCCCUCCUCUCGCCCUCUGCGCCCGCUCCGACCUUGCCAAAGUAUUAGCUUAAAACUUUAGGAAGAUUAUGUCGCAGCCACUUGCCGAAAUUUGUGUCACAGUGGAUUUUAAACUAGUGUUUAAUUUUUUUAAAUGAUUCAACUGCAGAAAUUUGUUCAUAGAAAACUGAAAGGGCUAGCAAUUGGCUGCGAUAGAUACAAGAAUAAGACUGUUAUGCCGGCUCCACACUGUCGUCGAACAAUUCGUCGAACUUUGCCGGAUACGGUAUACAUAGAAGGUUUUUCAUUGCGGUAAAUAAAUGCACUCAUACUAACUAAGCAAUGUUGUUCAUGCAUUCGCGUCGUCGUGUCUGGGAUCGGCUACAGUGUCGAGCUGGCAUUAUACCUCGUCUAAUGAAAUGACGUGCUCUGCUUUCUUAAUAGACUACUAACGGCAAACGGUUCGCCGAACUUCGACGUACAUUUCUGGUUUUUCCUUGCCAUCAAAGUAGUUACAGUGUCGAUGUACAGUAAUUAGAAAUCUAUCUGUUCGGCGAUAGAAAACUGUCCACUGUGGCGAUAGUGUGUAGGGACUAUAAAAUGCCGAGACACGAGUAUUUAAUGGUUAUGUCAGCAAUUUAUGCUACUAUACAUAUACACGUAGCGUGAGAUAAUGCAGCACGUCGUUUCUGUUUUAGACAUUUUAUUUUCAUGUCGUAGACACUAAUCAAUGCAAGAUUGUUUUAUUAUUGAAAAACUAUAGAAGAUAAUUACUAGAAAUCAACAUAGAAGCUAAAAGUCCUUUGAACUUCCACAAAACAUUUGGUGACAAUAAUUAAGUAUGUGAUUUCCCACUUUUGGUUAGUUAUUAGAAAAUUUUUACCCAUUUGUAAUUGUAACAUGGUUUCUGUAAUUGAGCCAUUACAAGCCUAUUCAAUAUAGCGCUUAUUUCUAACAUGUAUGUACACGUAAUUACACACAAACCAUUAGUCCAAGCCAUAGAUAAAAGAAAUAUAUAUCCAAGCAUUUAUAUAAUAUUACGUACCUACUUAAGAAUUAAUUUUAUACAAUUUCAAACGGGCUUUUACAAAGUGACCUUACACAAAGCAGCCAAUUAUACAACGAUUAUACUAUUAUUAUAAAACCAUUUCAUAUUCAGUACCAAAACCGACCUCAGAGAAAUAGCGGAAUUACUUCAGGCUCAGUUGCAUCAGUCUAUUUUGACGUUAACUUUAACCUGCGCAGAUACGCGAAGUACGCCAUUUUGUCUAAACGGAGCGUGACCCCGGCGGUGCGCAGGUUAAUGUUAACGUCAAAGAUGACUGGUGCAACCCACCUAGACCUUAGAUUAGACAUCAAUUAAAUUGAAAUUUUAACAUAGUUAAUGGCCACAGAACGUAGAUUUAUUCAUUAAUAAUACUCAGUUUAAUUGAGACAAUUCUUGAUUGCUGUCUGUUGUAUUCAUUCUGUCAGACAUUAUAUCAAUUUCUACGAGAUCUGUGUCACAAUUUCAUGGAAAAAACAUAUAUUUUUUUAAACGAUUACAUUCAAAGUUUUUUUAAUAUCCAUAUGGCCAGUUACAAUUGCUAUAGGUACAGUAUAAAAUUGAAUUUAAUCUUAGUACAAAACUGGUCAUAGUGUGGCUAAGCCAUAUUGACCGACUAGCCAUUGGCUCCAUACAGGAAGUGAGGUCAUUUACCAUAAUAACACCAUGUAUCGAGGGUGUCGAAGUUCUGAGUAAGCUGGACUAGAUAAAGAUAGCAAGAAUCUAUCGAAAAAAUGAAGCAUAUGAUUGAAAUGGAGUGAACCAAGAAAACUAGAGUUUUAACUAUCAAGAAAUAAUAACACUUUUUUAUUAGAGAAAAUUGAAAGUGUUGUAACACGUAAAAUAAUGGACUGAGUGCCCAGUUAAUUUUUGAAUAUGAAUUUUUGGGUUGUGCGCGGUUGUUUAUUAGAAAUUAAAGAUUCAAGUAUUUUGUAAGAUUUUUAUACAAGUGUAAUUUAUUUAGUAGGGUUAAUGCCUGUCGUGUUCGUUUUAUACUCAAUUUUCAUAUUGUAAUUAAUUAGGUAUUUUCAGAAUGUGGACCAAUUCAAAACAAAGUGUCUAUGUUUUGGUGGGAUAUAAAAUGUUAGUAUUAAUAAUUUGUCACAAAUUGAAUUUUAAUAAAUAAUGAUUUAUUCAAAUUA